AAUUUAAAGGUAUAUAUUCGUUGCCUGGCUUUAGUGUCCUUUGCAUUUUGCGUGAUUCUUAUUACCACCGAAAAUGGACAACGCUUCUUUCGCAGCUGAUUUCUUGCAACUUGAAGAUCAAGAAGAAGAAGUGGCGGAACAAAGGCCAAGCAAUGAACAAAAAGGACAAUUUCGUGAACAAGAUAUUUAUUUACCAAUAGCUAACGUGGCUCGUAUUAUGAAGAAUGCUGUGCCAAGCAAUGGCAAGAUAGCAAAGGACGCGAAGGAAUGCGUGCAAGAAUGUGUUUCUGAAUUCAUCAGCUUCAUAACAUCGGAGGCUUCUGAAAGAUGCGCUCAGGAAAAACGUAAAACAAUCAAUGGAGAGGAUUUGUUGUUUGCCAUGGCAACACUGGGAUUUGAUCCUUACCUGGAACCACUGAAAGUUUUCCUUCAAAAGUACAGAGAUGUAAGUUCAAUAUUCUGUUUUAAAUAG